AUGAUCUGUGGCAUGCAGACGCCAACCUCGGGCAAGAUCUAUGUCCACGGGAACAAGGUGUUGUCUGGAAGAGCGACUGGGCCACAGAUAGGGUACUGCUCCAAAAAGUUCAGUGGACUCAUGCCCAUGCUGACCGGCCAGGAGACACUGUUUAUGUUCGCCAGACUCCGGGGCGUUGCUGAAUUCAACCUCAAGCGUUUGGUGGAGAUUUACCUCAUCGCUUUUCACCUGGACUCUGUAGCCAACAGGCAUGCUUCUAACUACAGUGAUUGUGAACGUCGCAGGCUCAGUAUUGCCUGUGCUCUGAUAGGAGAGCCCACAAUCUGCCUGCUGUGUGACCCCAUGUACAAGCUGGACUCUGAGAGCAGAGAGGCUGUCUGGAGAUGGCUGCGGAAGCUCAAGAAUAUGAACAAGACUAUCAUUAUCGCCACAGAUCAGUUGCAGGAGAUCGGCAAGCAUGCAGCUUACAUUAUGAUUCUUGUGGAAGGUAACCCGGUGUGUGUGGGCACAAACAAGGCCAUAGAAUCCAUCUGCUGCAAGGGCUACACGCUGUUUGCCAAAAUGGAUCCCAAGAAUUCAACUGGCUCCAUCAGCUUAUUCUACACGAUGCUGAGGGAGAAGUUCCCCAACUGCCAGCUUUUCCACGGUAACCAAGAUCUGCUGCAUUUCCACAUUCCCUACGAGGAGGACCGCCUUGCUGACUUAUUCGAAACUUUAGAAAACAUCAAGAAGAACGUCAAG